CACCAUCUUUAUUGGGCCUCUGUAUUGCUGAUAGGAUUAUCGCAGGGGGUGUCCAUGCUUGGAAUGAGUGAUUAAUAUACUCACGUACACGCCAUAUGCCAAGAUGAACAGGGGAGUUGUCCUGCUGCCUAACUGUGAAGGCAGGGACAUCUGCAUUUGAGUCAUAGGGUGCUUCUCAGGUGUAGACAAUGCAGGAGUAUGAUAUUAUUGUUCUCGGGACUGGACUCAAGGAAUGUAUUCUUUCAGGCCUCUUGUCAGUAGGUGGGAAGAAAGUUCUUCACAUUGACCGCAAUCCAUACUAUGGAGGGGAAAGUGCCUCAAUCUCUCCCCUGGAAGAGCUCUAUAAAAAAUUCCAGGUCUCAGGUCCCCCUAAAUCUUUUGGGCUUGGAAAAGACUGGAAUGUUGACCUCAUUCCCAAAUUCACACUGGCUAAUGGUCUACUGGUGAAGAUGCUUCUGUACACAGAUGUGACCCGCUAUCUGGAUUUUAAAGCGGUGGAGGGUAGCUAUGUGUUCCGAGGUGGAAAGGUUCACAAAGUCCCAUCAACAGAGGCAGAGGCCACAGCUUCAGAUCUAAUGGGGAUGUUUGACAAGCGCAGAUUCCGGAAGCUUCUGCAGUUCAUUCAUAACUUUGAAGAGGGCAACCCACGAACAUACCAUGAGAUGGACCCCAGGAGGACCACAAUGCAAGAGGUGUUCCGUCAUUUUGACCUGGGCCAGGAUGUCAUAGAAUUCAUGGGACAUACCAUGGCAUUGCACCAAACUGAUGAUUACCUGGAUCAGCCCUGCAUAAACACCAUCCAAAGGAUCAAACUGUACACUGACUCCUUGGCUCGCUCCAAUUACAGUCCCUACCUCUACCCUGUGUAUGGCCUGGGAGAAAUACCUCAGGGCUUUGCCAGGCUGAGUCCAGGGCAUGGCGGUACAAACAUUUUGAAUCGACAGGUGGAUAACAUUGUGAUGGAGAAUGGAAAGGUUGUCGGGAUAAAAUCUGGAAAGGAUAUGUUUCGCUGUAAGCAGCUGAUCUGUGACCCUAGCUACGUGCCACAUCGUGUGAAGAAAGUGGGACGAGUGAUACGGGUCAUCUGCCUGCUAGACCAUCCAAUCAAGAACACGCACGACGCCAACUCGUGUCACAUCAUCAUCCCUCAAGCACAGGUCAAUCGCAAGUCAGAUAUCUACAUCUGCAUGGUCUCAUACACUCACAAUGUAGCAGCUGACGGGAAGUAUGUUGCCGUGGUGAGCACUACUGUGGAAACCAGUAACCCUGAGAAGGAAGUUCAGCCAGGACUGGCACUGCUGGAGCCCAUCCAGCAAAAAUUUGUCUCCAUCAGCAACUUGAUGACCCCAAAAGAUGAUGGGAGGCGGAGUCAGAUCUUUGUCUCUCGCUCCUAUGAUGCAACAACACAUUUUGAGACGGAGUGUGAUGACAUCAAGGACAUGUACUACCGCAUCACAGGCACAGAAUUCACCACUGGAGACAUACAGAGAGACCAGUCCGAUGAUGAAGAGGUUGAAUAGAUGUCAGAGUAACAUUUGUGAAGGUCAUGGUGAAAAAUGAGCAUUUACAAUUAUUUGGGUUGACAUUGGGUUGUUGGGUUGUUGUUGUUAUUUUGUUUAUCCAUAAUCAGAGACUCCUUAAAUAAACUGGUUAACCUCUGUUCAUAUGAUAUUUAUCAUUAGACACUAAAAACGAAAUGGUGUACAAACUGAUUUUCCCAAUAAAGACCAGUACACUGUCAUAUCUCUCCUCUCUGGAUCCUCUAUAUUUUACAUGGUUUCAUUGUGUAUUUUGCAGUGGAUGAGGAUGACUGUCUGUUAUUUUCAUCAAUAAUGUACAUUAUUUUUUUGUUAGAAGACUACUCCAAUAAAGUCAGUCAAAUGCA